CGCCGCUCGCCCUUUCUUUCCGUCCCCGUAAAAACGUUUCUCUCGCUCCCCGCGUUCCGAUGAGCACCUUUUCAAGAUAGUUUCGCGGCGCGGAGGCGGACGAGGCCACAGGGCGGCCGCGCCGGUUGAAUCCUGUCAAUCCCUGUCGAACAGGUCUCCCUGGGGUCGCCUAGGGUCGGUACUAUACACGUGCAAGCGCCUACGCCGCAAGCGCCGCCGCUUCAAGCAUUUUUAGUCGAUUUCUCUCAGCAGCCCAUGAGCACCUUUUCAAAACCAUCCGAGCCCACCUUGCCGCGAAACUGCCGCCGACACUACGUACCUACGCAGCUGGCGAGAGUAUGUCGCAGCGUUAUGUAGAGUUGUAGAGUCCUGGCUCACCAGCCAGAGGCUGGGCCAAGCCAACUACGAGAGUGUUUUAUAGUAGUAAAUUGGUUUACACCGUACUGGGCCGGCGCUCUUAGCGUCGACCUCCACGCCAUCGACGCGACGACCAGCUCGAUGGUUUCCACACGGUCACGAGACGAGAGGUGUCGAUUGAGACGUGGGCACGGGUGUCGGAUCCGCAUCGGCGCACCAGAGCGUCUCCUUGUUCGGGUUGUUUCCUUGGUUCGUGCACCAAGCCUCGCUCCUGUCUCCUCUAAAGUUCACUUUACCAGUGCUGAUGAUGAGGAUCUUGCACCCGCCCCUUGGUCGCAGCACCUGUGCAGAAAUUGAUUUCCGGGCCGGCCCCCUUAGCGUCGACCUCCACGCCAUCGACGCGACGACCAGCUCGAUGGUUUCCACACGGUCACGAGACGAGAGGUGUCGAUUGAGACGUGGGCACGGGUGUCGGAUCCGCAUCGGCGCACCAGAG